GGUGACCAGGAUUCAAAUUCUAGCCUUUUCACUUAUUAACAAUGUGACUAUAGGGGAAUUUCUGAACCUACUGAGCCUUCGUUUCCCCAUCUGUAUCUAUUUCAUUGCAUUUCUGCGUGUAUUAAAUGAAAUAAUAGAAAUAAAGUGCUUAACUUAACUUAGUUCGUGGCCAUAAUCUGUGCUCAAUAAAUGAGAGCAGUUGUUACUUAGUGUCAUAAUGGCAAUGAAGGAUGUUCAGUAAAUGCCUUCUCCCCUUCUCUUUCCUAAUUUCUUUAAAUUUCUCAUCCACACCUCCAAGAAGAAUGUCAGGAUUCCCAACUGAAAAGGGGAGGAUAGUAAUAAGGGUAUGGUUUUUCCUACUUUAGGGACAGAGGGAAAGAUAAAAUCCAGCCUAGGAGAGCCACAUUGGAGAUGGAUGCAGCUCUCUCAAGAUUCUAGAGGAGUGGUGAAGGAGGAGAUCUCGGAUGACAACGCCAAGCUUCCCUGCUUCAAUGGCCGGGUGGUGUCCUGGCUGGUGUCGGCUGAGGGCUCGCACCCAGAGCCAGCUCCCUUCUGUGCUGACAACCCAUCAGAACUGCCACCACCCAUGGAGCGCACGGGAGGCAUUGGGGACUCCCGGCCCCCAUCCUUCCACCCUCAUGCUGGUGGGGGCAGCCAGGAGAACCUGGACAAUGACACAGAGACCGACUCCCUGGUGUCUGCCCAGCGGGAGCGGCCACGCCGGAGGGAUGGCCCCGAGCACACAACCCGGCUAAAUGGAACUGCAAAGGGGGAGCGGCGGCGAGAGCCAGGGGGUUAUGAUAGCUCAUCCACCCUUAUGAGCAGCGAGUUGGAGACCACCAGCUUCUUUGAUUCGGAUGAGGAUGACUCCACCAGCAGGUUCAGCAGCUCCACAGAGCAGAGCAGCGCCUCACGCCUGAUGAGAAGACACAAGCGGCGGCGGCGGAAGCAGAAGGUUUCGAGGAUUGAGCGGUCCUCGUCCUUCAGCAGCAUCACGGACUCCACCAUGUCACUCAACAUCAUCACAGUCACUCUCAACAUGGAAAAGUAUAACUUCUUGGGCAUCUCCAUUGUGGGCCAAAGCAACGAGCGUGGUGACGGAGGCAUCUACAUUGGCUCUAUCAUGAAGGGUGGGGCCGUGGCUGCUGAUGGACGCAUCGAGCCAGGAGAUAUGCUCCUACAGGUAAAUGAGAUCAACUUUGAGAACAUGAGUAAUGACGACGCGGUCCGGGUACUGCGGGAGAUUGUGCACAAACCAGGGCCCAUCACCUUGACUGUAGCCAAGUGCUGGGACCCAAGUCCACGUGGUUGCUUCACAUUACCCAGGAGUGAGCCCAUCCGGCCCAUUGACCCCGCAGCCUGGGUCUCCCAUACUGCAGCCAUGACCGGCACCUUCCCUGCCUACGGCAUGAGCCCUUCCCUGAGCACCAUCACCUCCACCAGCUCCUCCAUCACCAGCUCCAUCCCUGACACAGAGCGCCUAGAUGACUUCCACCUGUCCAUCCACAGUGACAUGGCCGCCAUCGUAAAAGCCAUGGCCUCCCCUGAAUCCGGGCUGGAGGUCCGUGACCGCAUGUGGCUCAAGAUUACUAUCCCCAACGCUUUCAUCGGCUCAGAUGUGGUGGACUGGCUGUACCACAACGUCGAAGGCUUCACUGACCGGCGAGAGGCCCGCAAGUAUGCCAGCAACCUGCUGAAAGCCGGUUUCAUCCGCCACACUGUCAACAAGAUCACCUUCUCCGAGCAGUGCUACUACAUCUUUGGCGACCUCUGUGGCAACAUGGCCAACCUCUCCCUCCACGAUCAUGAUGGCUCCAGCGGUGCCUCUGAUCAGGACACACUGGCCCCUCUGCCGCAUCCGGGGGCCGCCCCUUGGCCCAUGGCUUUCCCUUACCAGUACCCGCCUCCCCCGCACCCCUACAACCCACACCCAGGUUUCCCGGAGCUGGGGUACAGCUAUGGCGGGGGCAGCGCCAGCAGUCAGCACAGUGAAGGCAGCCGAAGCAGUGGCUCCAACCGCAGCGGCAGCGACCGGCGGAAGGAGAAGGACGCGAAGGCCGGGGACUCGAAGUCCGGCGGCAGUGGCAGCGAGUCGGACCACACGACCCGCAGCAGUCUGCGGGGGCCGCGGGAGCGGGCACCCAGCGAGCGCUCGGGUCCUGCCGCCAGCGAGCACAGCCACCGCAGCCACCACUCGCUGGCCAGCAGCCUGCGCAGCCAUCACACGCAUCCGAGCUAUGGCCCCCCUGGAGUGCCCCCUCUCUACGGCCCCCCCAUGCUGAUGAUGCCCCCACCGCCCGCGGCCAUGGGGCCCCCGGGAGCCCCUCCUGGCCGCGACCUGGCCUCCGUGCCCCCUGAACUGACCGCCAGCAGACAGUCCUUCCGCAUGGCCAUGGGAAACCCCACCAAGAAUUUCGGGCUGUUCGACUUUCUGUGAGCCCCCCACUCUGCGAGGGGAGGCCCAGCCUCCGAGGAGACCAGGAGCCCUGCUUCAGCAGCCCCUCAGAACUUCCCAAGGAUAUUCAGCCCCCACACCCCACAAUCAACACAUGUUGAGUCACUAGGCUUCUGGGGAGUGCUCCAGCCUCUGACCCAUGUGUGAAAGACUCUCUUCCCCUUCCCCCCAGAGAGCUAACACACAGACUCUCUGUCUUCUACACACACACUACACACACACCUAUGCAAGUUCACUUAAGUCUAAGGGCUGGUCCCUGACCAGAGGGCUGGACCCUCUCUCCCAGUCGUCUCCCAGGAGGUUGUGGGGCUGGUCCCCUGACUUCUCUCACUUUCCUCAUAGCCCUCAAACCUUCCACACAUGUCUUCCUAUCUGGAUAAAGCCCAUAAGCUGGGUCUCAGGUUGGGCUUAGCACAGGAUUUCCCCAGGCAACUGUUCUCAUCCUGCCCCCCACCCCACACACCUUUCCCCAUUUUCACAAUCACCAUGAUAACCCAGAGUGAGGUUGGGCAGGGGGACUUCUGGGACUUCCAGACAGAAUGCCAAGUUUUGUUUUUUAUCUUAUUCUCUCCUUUAAGCAGAUCAUGACUUUCUCUAUAAGCCUCUUCUGUAAAUUCUGGCUCACCUAGAUUUCCAUACUUUUAGGACUGGAGUGUCAAGAGUAAGAUGAAGUCUUAAGCUUCAGGCUUUGGGGCAAAGCAGGAUAGGGGCAUUUUGGCAUUCAUUGAUUUAACAAAUAUUCCCUGGGGUUUUUGGUGCAUGAGGUCUGUGUUAGAAGUGUAACUCAAUCUUGCUUACCUUCUGGGAGUUCUAGGUUUGCUCCCAACCCAGACCAUGGUUUCCUCUAGCCACCACUUUAGGGCUGCCUCCUGUACUUCUCUUCCUCCUCUGAUUCUGCCGUAUCUGACUCUCUUGAGGAUUCCUCCACUAUUGCUCAUGCCUUCAGGGUCCCUGUAUUCUAUCUUUGGUCCACUUCUCUUUCCUCUCUCUUUACUCCCAAAAUGGUGUCACCCACACUGAUGUCUUCAACUGCCACUGAUAUAUGCUGUGAUUCCCAAAUAUAUAUCUCCAGCCCUAACUUCCCUCUAUCUUUAGAUCUGUAUUUUUACCCACUGGACAUCUCCAUAGACAUGUCCAUAUGGACUCAACUCAUUUCCCCGACCAGGUAUGUUCCUCCUGCAUUCCAAUUCUGGUUACCUUCGCACUCUGCAUAGGCUCACCAACUAGAAACAUUCAUGGGCUUAAAUUCCUUCCCAUAUCUUACUAGUCAGUAUAUCAUAUCCAUUCCACUCCAACAGUCUUUCUUAAGUUUGGCCCUUCCUCUCCCCUCUGCCUCUACUCUAGUUCACAGGAGCAUGGGAUUUGGAGUCAGGUUGUUUUGGGUUUGAAUCCCAGCUAUACUUUUGGUCGCGUGAUAGGAGAGUUAUUUAACCUCUCUGAGCCUCAGUUUCCUCAUAUGUCAAAAUGACGAUAAUAAUACCUACCUCACAGGGUUGUUGUGAGGAUUAAAAUUAGAUAUUGUACGAAAAGUGCCUAGCACAGUGCCUGGCACACAGUAGAAUAGGUGCUCAAUAAAUGGUAGCUAUUAUUAUUA